AUGUCUCCCAGAGUUUCCUCUUCUCGUCGCAGCGCUCAGUCUGUUGCCAAUGGCACCAAAUCACAGCUUGAUCAGAACGCCCAAUUUAUCGAUCUUUCCUCAACUUCUUCUGCUUCUUCUGCCUCCUCCAAUCACUCAAACUCCUCCACAGCUUUGAAAAAUGCUGUAUCUGACACUAUCCCUGACAGGACCAGAUCUUCAAGAAAAAGAAAAUAUAACCAACUGAUAAAAGGUUCACAUCAAGAUUUCACAUCUGAUUCUCGUCUCAAUCGUUCUGAACCUGAAUCUGAGCUUGAUCAUUUGCGAAAAUUAAAGGAGUUUCGUAAAAAAGAAAUUGAAUAUGAUUCAAAAAUCCCAGAGAUUUAUAAAAAAUAUCGCCCAAAAGGUUUCCCACUUGAUUUGCCUGAUGAUAUCCAAACUAGAAAAGUCAGAAUAUACUGUGAUGGUAUUUAUGACUUAUUUCAUUUGGGCCAUAUGAACCAACUAAAACAGUGCAAAUUGAUGUUUCCAAAUGUUUUCUUAGUUGUUGGUGUUCCAAGUGAUGAAAUUACCUGGAAAAAUAAAGGUUUAACCGUUUUAUCUGACACUCAAAGAUGCGAAACUCUAUUACACUGCAAAUGGGUUGAUCAAGUUAUACCAAAUGCCCCAUGGGAGCUUAAUACAGAUUUUUUACUUGACCAUAACAUUGAUUUUGUAGCUCAUGAUGAUCUUCCCUAUGCUUCUGCUAACUCUGACGAUGUCUAUAAACCUAUAAAAGAAUUGGGAAAAUUUUUAGUCUCCCAAAGAACUGAAGGUAUCUCUACUUCCGAUAUUAUAACUAAAAUUAUAAGAGACUAUGAUAAAUAUUUAAUGAGAAAUUUUGCUAGAGGCGCUACAAGAGAAGAACUAAACGUUUCUUGGCUCAAAAAAAAUGAAUUGGAAUUUAAAAAACAUAUUAAUGAUUUUAAAUCUUAUAUAAAAAAGUCCAAAUCAAUCUCAAAUGUCUCAAAAGAUUUAUACUGGGAAAUUAGAGAAUAUCUU